UACUAAAAUAUAGAAAUUUGAUUAAAACGAUUCAUUUUUCGGUAUCAGGGUAGGUUUACAUGAAUUUUAGUAGUAUGUUUUUUAAACUAACUUUUGUUGCCACAAAAUUCUAUCUGGAUUACUUACUACGAUGUAAAUCAGUUGUAAUAUUGCAUUGUAAUAAAAUAAUAGUAGCAGCGCCAUCUAUUGCAUUCAAUUAAAACUAAUUAGCAGUGCUGCCACCUACGCCAGUUACAAAAAAACACCAACACAGUUGACAUGCGCGGGUUGAGCGGAGGAGGGGCAUCUCCAGUCGCCCUCGCCAUUUUCCGUCAAGCUUGCUUCUGUCAGUCGCUGUGUUUGUGUACUAUGUUGUGAUAAAUUCUUCGUGUCGAUGAUACUCAAUGGGAAAUCUUGUUGAAAACGACACCAAACGAUGGGUCGUGCUUUGUGUUUGUGGCUUUAAUGCAUCGUGUUAUCUGUGAUGAUGGCAAAGUGAUUGAUAAAGUGAAGUGUUUUGUGUCUUAUGUCGGGCUGUCACAGCUGUGAGUGGGAUCCUUUCUCUGGAUAAAUCGCCCUCAAGACGUCGGGUCAUCGAACAAAAAGGUGACGCACCAUGUCUGCGAAGAAUAUCCCAGGAGAUAAGAUAAACCUGCGUCUGAUCCUGGUGUCCGGCAAGACGAAGGAGUUCGUGUUCAACCCGAGCGACUCGGCGGGCGACAUCGCCGUCCACGUGUACGACAACUGGCCCGAGGCGGACUGGGCGACGGAGCACGUGUCGCGCGCGGAGAUCCUGCGCCUCAUCUACCAGGGCCGCUUCCUGCACAGCUCCGUGACCCUCGGGGCGCUGGGCCUGCCGCUCGGCCGCACCACCGUCAUGCACCUCGUGCCCAGAGAGCACCUGCCCGAGCCCAACUCGCACGAUCAGCGACAGAAGAGCAAGGGCGGCUCCAGCAGUUGUUGCUCCGCCUCGUGCUGCAUAUUGUAAUGUCUGUACAUCCGGUACGGCCGCCGCUAGACCGCUGUGCCACGGACACCGAGCUACGGAACCCUGCUAGCACAUACGUCAAGCUACGGAACCCCUGCUAGCACAUCGGUUGAGCUAUGGAUCCCGUAGCAAAUUCUUCGUGCUAUGGCAUCUGUGCUAGCACACAAGUUUUGAUACGGACCCUGUGCUAGCACACUGGUCACGCUAUGCACCUCGUGCUAGCCUCUCGGUCGUGCAACGUAACCCGUGCUAGUACAACGGCCGUGCUAGGGACCCCGUGCUACACCCGACCUACACUCACUUCGUUGUUCGGUCAAUUACUUUAGUCUCUCUCGUUCAUUCGAAACGCACACGCUUCUAGCGGAUAAGGAAGUAUCAUUUUAGGAGUUCGAAAACAGUUUUCGUGAGAUUUUUUGUUUGCGAGUUGAGUAGCGAGGUCUGGCGUGAUGCAGGCGGUCUAGCGCGACGUGUCUUGUCGUGGACGGCGGUGGUAGGCCCGCCGUGGUCCCCACUACGUAUGAAUGUCAAAGGACUCAACGCAUGAGAUUGAAUAGUGUAUGUAUAAAUUUUGAGAUUCAUCUCCUGUUCGAUACUUCAUUCGUAACCGUUGUCCCACGUGGCUAGCGAGACACAAAAUUAUUAGUAUUAAUUAUAAUUUACCUACUACAUGAAUUUACGUAACGUUACGAUGGAAAAUAUUUAUAAAACAAAUAAAUAAUGACAAACUACUUGGUAACAGAGCGGAGCGGUGUAUCUCCACGUUCAUUGUAAAUAGUGUAUUCGGUAUCGUUAAGAGAACGUUAUACGGGAAUAUUUUUUUGUGAUAAGUUUUGCAAUAAAUUCGGUAUAUUUUAUUUUUACAAAAUUUUCUUAUUAUGCGCUAGGUGUAGCUUGUAAUUAAUGAAAUAUUGGCACUGCCAGAACAGCUCGGUUCUUUAAUAUUUAAAAAUAUUUAAUUAUUUUUUGAGCUGUAAACAAAAUUAUCGGGACAAUAUUUUUAAGUUGUAGAACGUGAUGUCAUAUGAAAGUUUCAAGUUUAUUACAAGAUAAAUUAUAUUUCCUGUAAAAUAUUACACAAAUAUACUCCUUUUAAUCCGCACUGUGUAAGUUGUACCACCUCCUAGGCGUUACCAACAUUACUCUUUAAAUGUAAAUAAUAAAUAAACCCUUGUUUCCUUCACAUCACAUCAUACGCAUGUAGCGACAUUUUGUCUUCAUUUGGCAUUUUUAGAGAUAGCUGUAACAAAGUACUAUAUUAUUAUUUUAUUUUUAAUUGGCGUAAGGAUCUAGGUUGAUACCUCCUAAAAUUACAGGCCUGGCCUUCUGUUGUAAGCUCUCCCACUAAUAUCGGAAUCCUUGUAACAUUUGUUUAAACCCAACCCUUACUCCAUCCAGUCGUUGCAACAAUACGAUUUCUUUGUGAUAGUACAAAUUGUUUAUUUCCGAGACAACCGUUCAGUAAAUGUAAGUGCCGGGCGCCCGCAACAGUAUUAUGAACUGAUGUCCGCGCGUGGCUCAUUUAUUUCAUCCCUCUAGGUCACUCUAGAUUUAC